CUUUUUUCACUUUUAGUUUCUUUGUAUUGUUGUACGUUGUUGAUUUUUCUUACGUUAGUUUCGCUAUCGCUUGACUUGAUUAUCCGGUUUUAAUAAAAUUUAUACAUUACACCACGCAGAUUGUGAGUAAGAUGGAUCAACUGAUGAGGUUUGGUCAGGGGGGUUUGGCUGGUCUCAGUCAGCCACCGUCAGGGGAUGUACCAGCAGUAGACACAGCCGAACAGGUCUACAUAUCAUCACUGGCCUUGCUUAAGAUGUUGAAGCAUGGAAGAGCUGGCGUGCCAAUGGAAGUGAUGGGACUGAUGUUGGGGGAGUUUGUAGAUGACUACACUGUCAGGGUCAUUGAUGUCUUUGCCAUGCCUCAGUCGGGAACUGGCGUCAGUGUGGAGGCAGUUGAUCCAGUCUUCCAGGCCAAAAUGUUGGACAUGUUGAAGCAGACAGGAAGACCAGAGAUGGUAGUCGGGUGGUACCAUUCACAUCCAGGGUUUGGGUGCUGGCUGUCGGGUGUGGACAUCAACACACAACAAAGUUUUGAGGCUCUGUCUGAACGAGCCGUUGCAGUUGUUGUUGAUCCUAUUCAAAGUGUCAAGGGAAAGGUCGUGAUUGAUGCAUUUAGACUGAUCAACCCCAACACAAUGGUGCUUGGCCAAGAACCUCGACAAGCAACAUCUAACUUGGGUCAUCUCAACAAGCCUUCCAUACAGGCUCUCAUCCACGGUUUGAACAGGCACUACUAUUCAAUCGGCAUCAACUACAGGAAGAACGAGCUAGAACAAAAGAUGCUGCUGAACUUGCACAAGAAAAGUUGGAUGGACGGACUGACGUUGCAAGAGUACUCAACGCAUUGUUCAAACAACGAAGCCACUGUAAAAGAGAUGUUGGAACUUGCUAAAAAUUAUAACAAGUCUUUGGAGGAAGAAGAGGAGAUGACAUUGGAACAACUUGCAAUAAAAAAUGUUGGAAAGCAGGAUCCAAAACGUCAUUUAGAAGAGCAUGUGAACAUUCUUAUGACCUCCAACAUCGUGCAGUGCCUGGGAGCCAUGCUACACACUGUUUUGUUCAAAUAACUUCUAACAGUCUUUGUUUUUAUUGUCGCUAAUUUUUUUGUUUUUUAUGUUUGAUUUCAAAAAAUAUUAUUGAAGUUCAGUUUAGAUCAUCGUUAAAUAUUUCCUAAGAUGUUUCAAAAACUUUCCGCCAUUUAAACGACAAUGGUGUGACAAAACGUUGCUCGAACUUUGUGCGCCUCUGUUUGUAAUACAGUCGCCUGAUAAUUUGGUAAAUGCUGGAUCAUUCUGGAACGUUUUUUAAAUCUGGCAUACUUGCUUAACCGGACAUUAAAAUAAAAAGUUUUAAAACAU